UUUUCAGUAUGUGUGGAAGCAACGGAACAACGAGGUUCUCUCUCGGUGGAAGACCGCGGUCCGAGUGACAGCUCGUCUCAGCUCUUACCCUACGCUCUAAACUCAAGUACCAUGGAGGAAUCGAGUAGUUGACGUUUCCUGCUGCAGCCUUUCUCUUUUAAGCUUUCUUCCCGUCAAAUCAUUGUGCCUCUGACCCGGUUUUUAUUGACUCUGAACGACUGACUCAAGCUUUUACCAUCCCACAUCAUGAAGUACAUCAUCGGCAUUGGCGGCGUUACCAACGGAGGGAAGACCACCCUCACCAAGCGGCUGAUCCAGGCCCUUCCCAACUGCUGUGUGGUACACCAGGAUGACUUCUUCAAGCCCCAAGAUCAGAUUGAAGUUGGUGAAGAUGGCUUUAAGCAGUAUGAUGUCAUCACUGCCCUGGACAUGGACGCCAUGAUGAGCACCAUCUACGCAUGGCUGGACAAUCCAGUGAAGUUUGAAAAGUCUCAUGGCGUUAAUAACACCCUGGACACUGAGAUUAUGCCGAAGUCUGAUCACAGCAAGGACGAGGAGACUCACAUCCUUAUUGUGGAGGGCUUUCUGCUUUACACCUAUCAGCCUUUGAUCGACGUGUUUAACCAGCGUUACUUUAUGUCCAUCCCCUAUGAAGAAUGCAAAAAGAGGAGGUGCUCGAGGAACUACAAGGUGCCUGACCCACCUGGCCUGUUCGAUGGCCACGUCUGGCCCAUGUAUGAGAAACACACACAAAUGAUGGAAGAAUCAGGUGUUGAUGUCUUGCAGCUAGAUGGAACCCUGACUAAGGAGCAGCUGUACAACUUUGUCUAUGGCGACAUCCUGAAUAAAAUUCAGAAAUCUCUCUAAAACAAAGGUCAACUGAUCGGCUAAGGAAAUCAUGUACUCAGAGCGCAACCAGACGACCGUCUUGCCUUAAUUAUUUAAUUUUUUGCCUGGCAGUUUUUAACUGACUGUCAAGAUUUUUUUUUAUACACAAAGUUUUACAUCAUACAAUGUUGGCAUGACUUUUCAUCUUUUCGUAUUUAUUGCUUUGUUGCCGCCUACACUCCUAAGAGAGAUAAUGGAAAUGUUCAAGAGAUGGUUCCACUAUGCUGCAUGUAUCAAUAAAUGAUUCUUCUGCAAAAAA